AUGGCGGACCCAAAAAGCAAAGGUGUUGCAUCGCAAAACGAGCACAAGAAGAUCCAACGACGAUCAUGGGAAGAAUCCUUCCAGGCUUUGGCUCGAUACCAAGCGGAAAAUGGCGACUGUGACGUUCCAGCCAAAUACAAGCAGGACCCUGCCCUAGGAAACUGGGUCUACUAUCAGCGUAGUCAUCAAGGCUCUUUGGCCUCCAAUCAAAAGUCCAGACUGACAAAUCUUGGGUUUGAUUUCACAACACAACAACGGAAGAAUAGGAAAGAAUGGAGAGCCAAUUUCGAGCGGCUCAAAGUAUUCAAAUCAAUUUUUGGCCACACAAGAGUACCUCAGGAUUCUCCGCGUGAACCAAUGAAGCCUUGGUCAAAGCUAGGUAACUGGGUGAUGAAUCAGCGAAGUCAAUCAAAGGGGAGUACUUACCCUCAGUGGAAAAGAUCCAUGUUAGAUACCAUUGGCUUCGAAUACUCAGUAAUUGGAUCAGGCAGAAAGAGUCAAGCUGCAAUCAAAGUAAACAAGGUGAAGAAGAGAAACAACCUGUUCACGCCUGUGAAUUACAGAGGUGACAGCAGUAAUGAGCAAGCUUGGUAUCAGAAAUACAACGAGCUGGUCAAGUUCAGGAAUGAAAACGGACAUGCUGUUGUGCCUAGAAGCAAGGGCUACACAGAACUUGGACAAUGGGUCCAUCACCAAAGGAGUGCUUUCAAUAGACAACAACUGCUUCCUGAACGAAAAAGGCUUCUUGACAAGCUAGGAUUCGUUUGGAAUCCACUUCAGCAGGCUUGGUACGAAAGGUACGAUCGCCUGGUUAACUUCAGGAAUGACCAUGGACACAGUGCUGUACCCUACCAGUACAAGGAAGACCCAGAACUUGGAAAAUGGGUUUCUUACCAAAGGAAAAUGUUCACUAAACAACGACUCCCCCCAACACGGAAAAAGCUUCUUGACAAGCUAGGAUUCGUUUGGGAUGCAUCUUGGGUUUCAUGGGACCAGCGGCUUGAGGGAGUUACUCAUUUCAAGAAAGUACACGGUCAUCUUGAAAUUCCUCAUGGCUAUGACAACACAGGUCUUGGGUACUGGUUAUGGGAUCAGAAACAGAAGGCUCUCAAUGGCGAGCUUGCCACUGAUCGUGUCGAGCGACUUCUCUCCGCUGGGGUUGAGCUGGGGGAAAGCUGCCGUCCUCGGAUUAGAAAUUGUGGCCAUGACGACCAAUAUAGCACUGAAGAGGAAAGUUUGAGUCCUCUUAAGAACCUUGAAGAUCGAUGGGAGGAAAACCUACGAAAGUUGGUGGCUUACAAAGAACAGCACGGCCGUUUCCCUCCAAAGAAAGCGGGCGGCUACAAUCCACUCAAACGUUGGGCCCGGGAGCAGUGCAGGAUGGAAAGGAAUGGAACUUUGCCGCCACAUAGGAGAGCUCAACUGGAAUCAAUUGGAUUUUGGGACCAUAACCAUAAUUUGCAAAGUACUGAUGGCAAGCACCCGAAUCUGCCACAGGCAUCCACUGGUAUUCAAUCGACUUUUCGGCAAAAAAGUGGAGAUGCGGGUCCUUACUAUCCCAUGGGGGCACGGUUUUACAAGCUUUUCCCUGGAGGUCGUGCAUACCAGGGUGAAAUCAUGUCUUUUGAUGGUUCAAGAUACAGGGUAUGGUAUGAAGAUGGUGAUGAGGAUUACCUUCGGCCUAUGGAACUUGAGGAGUUCUAUUUUAUUCUUUCAGAAGAUCACGCAGACAGGAGUGACGCUGAAAGCGAUGACAAUGCAGACAACGACAGGAAGGUUCAAUCAGCUUAG